AUGCAAGUCAGAAGCAAGUUCAAUGCAACAACGCUCUUCCAAAGGAUCAUAAACGAUGAGGUGUUGUGCCUGAAUAUUUGCCACGACCAUGAACUAUGCAAAUUCGUUCAUUAUUCUGAGGACAACUGCACGAUUUACGGAACUGGAUCCAUUCCAUACUUGCCUUGCGAUGUCACAUAUAAGCUCGACCGAACCCUCAGGAGUUCGACCUGCACAUUCGAAAUCCCAAUUCGACCAACCGUGCAAUCCGAGCCCAUCAAGGUGCAGUCCGAUGACGUAACCUGCAGCGGACUACCAUCUGAAGUGACUACUAUCCACAUGUACUUAACAGAAAAACGCAUACUAAUCUACAGCAUUUCCGACCUGGUUGGAAACUACACUGAAAUACAAAGAUUACUCUUCGCAAAAAAACCUCAAUUACACUGCGUAUCUGUUCCUGUAUUUACAGGCGCCAGCAAUAGCAGAUUGUAUUUCGGGAACGCCUACAACAUCAGCGGCUACUACUUCUUGGAUGCAUAUGCUUUUACUGGAAAGUGCGCUUGUGAAAAUGGCGCUUGCUGCGCUAAUAUCGCGAUCGACGAAUACAUGACAACAACUAUUCCGACUACUCUGACAAAGUACAAUAAAUUCUCUUCUUUAAAAUUAUUAGGGGAAAUUCAUCUUCAUGCUUAUGUCUAUUCUCAAUCCAACAAACCUACUCGCUCGAUCCAUUUAUCAGAAAAAGUGAACGAGCAGCAAUUCUACAUUGCCGACGAAAAGUGGCUUGUUUGA